GGUCAGAUCCAGUUCAUUUCACCGUACAGCGGCAAGAAUAUUACGGCAUUUAUAGGAGAUUCAGUGCAGUUCACCUGGAGUUACUCUGGGGGUGCCAGUCUAAUUAAAAGAGUAACAUGUGGUCUUAAGCAAGAUAACACAGAAGCCAUCGAUCCUAAUGGUAUCCUUGUAUCUGUAAAUACUAAGACAGGACAGAACCAGCAGCUUGUUAAUCUUCCUGUAAGGUACAAUGGACGAGUAAGUUGGACUUUCAGUGGUGAUCAGUCCUCUGGACAGCUUAAUUUCACACUUGCUCCGUUAGAAAAUGAUGAUGACAGAUUUUACAGCUGUAUGUUAGAUCCAGUCAGUAGCUUUGAAUUUCAAGUAUUCGAUUAUGUACAUCUUGUUGUUCAAGGUGAGUUGCCCUUAUAUAUUUAA